AUGAACCCUGCUCCACCCCGCAUCUCUCGCGAAAUUCAAGGCAACUUCCCUAUUGAAAACGUGAAGCUCAUAGACCUUGAAUGUGGUGGCAAUACCACUGGCGGAAUUAUCGGAUCACGGCCCGCUCCUUUGCAUGCUCCAGCGGCAGCUGGGUCGACUGUUAAUCUACGCUGGACAGCGUGGCCAGAGAGUCAUCAGGGUCCUGUGAUAACGUACAUGGCGAGAUGUCCUGACACUGGCUGCAACGACUACGUCCCCUCUUCUUCUUUGGCGCCAACCUGGUUCAAGAUCGCAGAGGAUGGCUUGCAUUCCACCGACCCAGAGUGGCUCAAGAACCAAUGGGGUAUGACAUCACUUAUCAACGCACCAAAUGCCGGCGUGAACUACACGAUUCCAGCAUGUCUGAGGCCAGGCUUUUACCUUGUGCGUCACGAAAUUAUUGCGCUGCACAGCGCGUAUAACGAGGGGGGAGUGCAGUUCUAUCCCGGAUGCCACCAGCUAGAGGUCACUGGCGAUGGCUCGACAGUGCCGACGGCGGGCCUGGUGAGCUUCCCAGGCGCAUAUGAUAGUAAGGAUGCUGGUCUUGUAUACAGCAUCUACAACCAACUACCGUACGAUAUUCCAGGGCCUGAAGUAUUCCAGUGCGUAACAUAG